AUGGCAUACUGGAAUAAUAAUAACUCAUUAGGAUGGUUGUAUCAAAAUGAUAAAGAUUUUUCUGCCAUUUCUAAUAUGUUGGUAACGGGAAAAACAUCCUAUGUAGGACAGGAAGAACAGGCUGGAUAUCUUAGCCUGUCACGAUGCAGCAGCAAGAGCAGCAGCAGAAGCAGUAAUAGUAGCAGUAAUAGCAGUAUUAACAGUAGUAGUAGCAGCAGUAGUAGUAGUAGUAGCAGCAAAUUCUCCAUCCAAUGUCAUAUGCGCGUGACAUUAUGGGAUGCAAUUAUCAAUAUUGUUGAAGGGAACUCCACGGCAUUUAGGAUGUUAACCGGAAGGACAGGAUGUGUUUUCCGGUUCUCUCAUCAUAACAGGAGCAUGCCAAUUUCCCAUUCGAAACAGACAAAUAUUUAG